AUGAGGGGAUGCAUUUUAUUGAUCAGUUUCGCGACUGUUUUUCAUCCAAUUUCCCCGAAUCCAUCCGCGGCACCCCCCAUUGAGCCUGCACCGACUGCGACGGUCUACAAGCGUAGCUCAUGUAUUAAGGUGAACCAGUGUAAAUGCAUCAUGACGGACGGCUCCGGGAUCAUUGACCUGGCCUCGCUCGGGGACGCGGAUGGCUUUUUGGAGCGCCUCAAGCCGUUGCGCACGGACGGCACGGUAAUCAACGCCGAGCUACUGCUCUCCUUCAGCCCAUGCCUGCCCUUCUCAGAUCCAGAGGACUUUGUUGGAACAGCCUGUACGGAUGUGGCCACUUGCUUGGUUGUCAGGUUCCAGAGGAAUAAUAGAUAUCUGAAUCGGUAUCUUAACUAUGGAAGACACAUAGACAACCAUUUUCAUUACAACGACACAAUGAAGACACUUACGGUGUCCUACUUUGCCUCCAGCGGCAGCCAGCCUCUGACUGUGGUGCACUACCACUGCAGUGCCGAGAGCUCCGUCUCCGCCACCCUCAGCUUCACUGCCGAGGUGCCCCUGCAGAUCUGGGUGGAGAGCCCCUGUGCCUGCCUCAACGCCUGCACGCUGGAGGAUGUGGGCCCUGGAACCAUCUUCCUUAUCAUGCUCUGCCUCAGCGCCACCGCUUACUUCAUCCUGGGUGCCUGUGCCCUUCGGCCAUUCCGGACCAGCCAGGCCGGUGUGCAGAUCGCACCGGAAGACAGUGUGUGGUGUAUGCUCUGCUACCAGUUCACCGACCGCCAGAGGGUCAAACCACGUCGCCGACACAUCUCAAUCAGGGAGGACACGCUGUGAAGACAGAGAGAAAAAGAGAGAGAGA